AUGGCUCAUGAAAUCGACUGGCUGAACAGCCAGGCUGGCAUGUGCAAAAUAAAUUUCUACAGCUCCGCUGGACAGAAAGACCAGGAGCGCAAAGUGAUUUGCUUUGUUGAUGUUGCCAACCUGAACUUCUCAGGCCAACAUGCAAAUGAAAAUAUAGCCAACAGCCAACCCAGCAACAUUUCUGACCCUGCCAGAGAACUCAAUUUGGCAAAUCUGGAGGAAAGAGAGGUAAUUAUCAUCAAGGACAAUGAGCAGAGCAAUCACGUGAACACAGAGGGAGCCGUCUGCCUUUUCAAGCAGGGCUCCUCCGAAGACGUCAACGUGCUCGGCUGGCUCAGCAAUGACCUUCAGAAGUACGCCAUCGGGUUCCAGCAUGCACUGACCCCCAUGGGGACCCCUCGCAAAGCCACCAUCUUUGACAAGGGCUCCCAGAACAACAACAACACUGCGGCCAGCGCUUCCAGGAGCGACAGAGACGACAUGGCCUAUUAUGCCAACAAGCUCUGCUCCAUGGUGAUUGAAAUGACGCGCAAGGAAAUCAUGGACAAAUGGGAGCGUUCCGGCAAGUGCAUCCGCCAGACCAUUAGUCCGCACAGUGCCAGCAGCAAGGCUGCCGAGAGGACCGGAGGAAGCGAACCGCCUUCGGAACAGGCAGUCAAGAUGGACGACCCAUUCGCAGGCGAAGCGACCAGCCAGAAUGACUACAAACAGCAAGAGGCUGCCUAUUCCGACAAAGUGAGGAAGCAAGACGAUGUCAAUUUGACCAGCAAGGGGAUGAUGGUGUAUGCCAACCAAGUGGCUUCGGACAUGAUGCUGUCCUUCCUGAAGACCAUGAAGGUCCAAAAGGGCCGGCACCCUGUCCCAGCCUGUAUCGUUCUCAAAGAGGUCCUUGUGAGGCACGUCAAGGAAAUCGUCUCCGACCUGAUCGACUCCUCAAUGAAAAACCUGCACAACAUCACCGGGGCACUCAUGACGGACUCCGACUUUGUCUGUGGGCUGAAGAGGAACGUUUACAAUGUGGGCACCCAGAAGACAGCUGAGAUUCUGGAAGCCAUGGUGAGGCGCUUGUUUAAACUCAUCACGGGGGAUGACAGGCAGACUCGGGCCCAGAGUCUAGCAUUCACUACCUACAAAUCCGGAGCUCAGCUGAGCCAAAGGGCACAAGGCAUGCAGUUUGCUUCCCUGAAGAGUGAGUCUCAUGGCCAGGGGAAGAAGGACAGAGGAGGAGGGCCAGGGAAGUCCCUUCCAUCGGGAAGCAAGGCGGGGGACAAGCACUCCGUGGAUGUGUACGCCAAGGAGCUUCUCUUGACGGCACUGAUGCAGAUACAGCAGCACCUGCUAGAAAAAAACAGAGACACGGGUCUCCGUGAGUCCAACACUUCGGCGUUUGGCUGCAUCCACCAGGACCCCCAUCCUGACCAGGCUGGAGGGAGCCGCGAACACAAGAACGCCUCCAAGUCAUCGGAAGGAAGGGCAGAGCACUACCAUGCUGACAGCCUCAAAGACAAAGGGGGCCUCUUAUUGUCUGUCGUCCAGAAGAUCCUCCAUGACAUUGGUUUAAAUUUAGACAACAGCUUUGGUGACAAGAACAGGGGAUAG